AUGGCUGAAACAGCCGUAUCCGGUCAUGCCGAAAUCAUCCAGAGCAUUUUAACACAAAACCCUCAACUCCGGCCCAAGGGCCCCGACGACGGCUUCGACUCCCGUACCUCCAUGAGAAACAAGGCUCUUCUGGCGCUUCGGCUCGUGCCUAUAGUGGGAAAAGUCGUUCCAGCAGUGGACCACAAGAAGGAGCUCAUAGAAAAGCUCAAGCACCAGCAGAAAACAGCCGUCACGUUCAAGGAGUGGUACGCGAUCCUGGCCGAGUUGGACGAGCUCUUGGGCAACAACAUGUGGAAGUUGGACCCCCAGCUGCCCUACUAUGACCACGAUACCGUGUACAAGAACCUCCAGGAGCUCAGGAACGCCCGUUUGCUGAAGGACUACAAUCUUUUGUUGUACUUGAUCAGAACGAAAUGGACCAGAAACGUCGGCAACAUGGGCGACAUCGACUUGUUCCGCCAUUCUCACGUUGGCACCAAGAAGCUUAUCGAAGAGUUCAUCGAGGAGUGCCAGCUCUCGCUAGACUUCUUGACCAGCGACCCGGACGUCAACCUCGACGACAGAUACCUCCUUGGCAUGUUGAUCCAGACGCGUAAGAACAUCGGACGAACGGCGCUUUUGCUCUCGGGCGGUUCGACGUUUGGCGUUUCCCACAUUGGCGUCUUGAUAGCGCUUUUGGAGACGAACUUGAUGCCCAGGAUCAUUCUGGGCUCGUCCUCGGGCUCUAUUUUCGCCAGUAUGUUGUGCUGCAACACCAACGACGAGUUGACCGAGUUGUUGUCGCUGAUAACCGAGCAGAAACUCAAUAUCUUUGGCUCGCUGGACCCGAAAGAGGGCACCUUCAAGCGCUUCUUGGAGCGCGUCAGCCACAUGCUCAAAUUUGGCACUAUUUUCGAUAUCAAGGGUCUUCAGGAAACAAUGCGUGAGUUUGUGGGUGAUUUGACAUUUAGAGAGGCCUACAACAGAACAGGCAAGAUCCUUAACAUCACGGUUUCGCCUGCCUCCAUGCACGAGCAAACCAGACUCUUGAACUACCUUUCGGCGCCCAACUGCUUGAUUUGGUCUGCUGUGAGUGCAUCUUGCUCCCUUCCAGGCAUCUUCCCUUCUUCCUCCAUUUACGAAAAGAACCCUAGAACUGGAGAGAUCCGUGAAUGGAACAACGAUGUCUCGCUGAAAUACGUCGACGGCUCCGUGGACGGUGAUCUUCCGAUCUUGCGUUUGUCAGAGAUGUUCAAUGUUGACCAUAUCAUUGCCGUCCAGAUCAACCCUCAUGUUUCGCCCAUUCUUCGACUUUCCGUGGGCGCUGCCUCUGGAAACGUCGAAAAUGAAUUCAGUGAAGCUAUCAGAAACGUGCUCAAUAAUUGCUACGACUUCAUUGCCUGCGAAAUUAUCCACUACCUCCAGAUCAUCCACGAAAUGGAUGUCUCGAAGAACUUGGCCAUGAAGGCUAUCUCCUUGUUAUCCCAGCAGUACUCUGGAGACAUCACCAUCUUGCCAGAACUCAACUUCUCCGAUUUCCCCAAGGUUUUUGAGAACCCUAAGCCCGAGUUUUUGGUUGACUUCCUCCUCAGAGGAGCCCGUGCAUGCUGGCCCAAAAUCAGCCGAAUCAACAACCACUGUGGAGUUGAGUUCCAUCUAGACAAGGCCAUUACCAGGCUUCGUGGUCGUGUGAUUGCAUCUUCCAACAACAGGAUCACCUACAAUAGCACAUCCAUGAACCCCAGCAAUUCGGAUAUGUUGAAGAACGGUGAAAUGAACUCCUACCUUAUCAGCUACCCGGUGUUCAACAAGGAGCCUAGAGAAGAGGAGAGGCAGUGCCCAGAACUUCCACAAAUCAGAAGACACAACACCACCACUAAUGCCAGCAUCUACACACCGAAGGAGAGAGUACCCAGACAGAAGAAACGAGACAGGUUCACCUCGAUGUUCAACGGCAAGGGCAAGGGGAUCUUGAAAGGCAAGUCAACGACUUCAUUACUGUCUAUGAACCGGAACCUCGAUCGAGGCGUUGGCAGCGAGCCUUCUGCGGGACAGGAGCUUGCGAUUCCUUCCAUCGAAGGCUAUGAUUCCUCAUUGGACGAGCACCAGAACGGUCGUACGAUUCGUAAGGCGCUCAGUUCGGGUAACUUCCAGGUAGACUCUGUUCCACAGAGCCCCAUCAAGCUCCGCAGCAGCCCCAAAGACGACAAGUCUGUUCAUUACUUUGACUCCGACAAGGCCUCGUUGUACUCCACGUCCGGCAAGAAGCUCGAACGGGUACGAAGCCAGGAGAUCAGAGAGAAAGCCAAUCUCCCUCGUUCACUGGGAACCACUGGAAGCAGCACGUACUUGGCUCUCAACAGGCUGAGAGAGAAUCUGACGUCGUACAGCCCUCAAACCAGCCAGGCAUUUAUGCAGCUUGGCUACGACAACGAGAUGAUUGAGCUGAUGAAGACGCUCAAUCUGCCUGACUUGCGGAGACUGAUGUCGAAGACCCGAAUGCUGUCGAUGCGCCAGCGUCACCACACCCGGUCGCUUCUGGGACCAGCUGGAAACCAGGCAUAUUUUGACCGCAGCAAUGGGGCCACGACGCCCACUCCGCUCAACAAAGCGCCUGUCUUUGAUAAGGAAGUGAGCGAUUCUGGCCAGUCGAAGGACGCCAGCGGACAGGUUCUGUCGGACAACGAUGCCGAUACAGAGGUUGACGAUGGUAAGAAGGAAGGCGAGGAGCGGCCCGAGGAGGACUCCGAGGGGGAGUUCUUUCCCUGCGAAUGA